AUGUCACCCCCCAAAGCCAACAUCCUCCUAAUCGGCAGCGGCGGCGUCGGCACAAUCGCAGCCCUAAACCUGGAAGCCGGAAACCUGGCCCGCGUAACCGCCGUCCUACGCUCAAACUACCACGCCGUAACAUCCAACGGCUUCAACAUCACAUCCUGCGACCACGGGAUUCUAAAAGGAUGGAAACCCAGCACCAUAACAAACCGCAUCCCGGACCCAACCCCGGACUCCCCCAAAUACGACUACAUAAUCUGCACCACAAAAGUGAUCACCGAUUGUCCCCCGUCAACAGCCAAUCUGAUCAAGCCAGCCGUAACACCAGGCCACACUGUAAUCGUACUAAUCCAAAACGGGUUGAACAUCGAAACGCCCUAUUUCGCCGCCUUCCCCGACAACAUCGUCCUCUCGGGCAUAAGCAUGAUUGAUUCGCACGAGGUCGCACCUGGGGUUAUCGAGCACGGAUCCGCGGAUGAUCUUGUCAUUGGCGCAUUCCGGAAUCCUAAUUUAGAUAUUGCCGUUGAAGCGGCAGCCGCAGAGCGUUUCGUGGGAUUGUAUUCUGCGGCUGGGAAGACGAAGUGUGUCCUGGGAUUGGAUGUGGGGUAUAGUCGGUGGAGGAAGUUGAUAUUCAAUGCGUGUUUGAAUUCGAUUUGUGCGCUUACGGGUUUGGAUACGGGGCGGAUUAGGCUUGCAGGGGAUGCAGUGGAGAUGCUGGUUAGACCUGCUAUGGAGGAGAUUCGGGCUGCGGCGGGGUCUGUUGGGGUGGAUUUGCCGGGGAGUGUUUGUGAGGAGGUUAUUGGGGCUUAUCCUGUGGCGUUGUAUUUGCCUCCAAGUAUGUUGGAGGAUGUUUGGAAGGGGAAUCUUAUUGAGGUCGAGAGUAUUGUUGGCGAACCGCUGAGGGUUGGUCGUGCUAAUGGGGUGGCUAUGCCUACUCUGUCUGUUUUAUAUAAUCUACUGAAAGGGGUCCAGUGGAGGACGAAGGAGAAAAGAGGGCUGAUUGAGAUACCGGCUCCGGGUAGUGAUGUCGCGGAUUUGUAA